AUGGCUAGCGUCCAUGGCUGCAAGGACUUGCAUGUCCGAGUCGUGAGCCGCCGUCUCGUGAUGGCCUCCAACACCUCCAUCGAGCCGCACGUCCUCGCCGUCUCCAACCUCGAUCUCCUCCCGCAAACCAUACAGGUCGCCAUGUUCUGCCUCUACCCCAAGCCUCCGGCCACCACCAUGAACUUCGACGCCGUCGUGGCCACCUUCGAGGCUGGCUUGCCUUCCUUGCUGAACCACUACUUCCUUCUCGCCGGCCGUAUCGCGACCAACCCGAGCUCCGGCCUCCCCGAGGUUCACUGCAGCAACCAAGGCGCGGAGCUCGUGGUCGGGGAAGCCGGCGGCGUGGCGCUGGCGAGCCUGAACUACGCCGAGAUGAGCGCGUCCUUGAGGAGGAUCCAGCUGCCGUACGGCGAGGACGUGGCGCUGUCUGUUCAGGUGGUGUCGUUCUCGUGCGGCGGCUUCACCGUGGCGUGGUCCACCAACCAUCUGCUCGUCGACGGGAGAGCGCUCAGCUCGCUCGUCAGCGCGUGGUCAGAGCUCGCCUUGUCGGGGAAGCUCUCCACGGGGUCCCAGCCGAACCUCGACCGCUCCGUGUUCCGGCCUCGCCCGACGCCGUCAUACAGCGCCGCCGAUCUCAACGAGGCGUUCACGGCGGUGGACGCCAGGAGCCAGGUCAACGUCCUGACAUGCCAGCAGAGCUUUGUCGAGCGCCUGUACUACGUCGACGCGUCCGACAUCGCCUGGCUGCGCGAGGAGGCGAGCCGAAACGGCCGGCGCGCGACUCGCGUACAGGCUGUUUCGGCCUACCUCUGGAAGGCCCUCGCCGGCGUCGUGGGCGCGGCGGACGCACUCUGCCGGAUGGGAUGGUGGGUGGACGGGCGCCCACGGCUCACAUCGCCGCCGGAGCUCCGCACCGCGAUGCGCAACUACGUCGGCAACGUCACCACCUUCGUGCUCCGAGAGGAGCGCGUGGACCACGUUGCGCGGGCGCCGCUGGCGGACGUGGCCGCCAUGGUGAGCGACACGAUCACAGCGCCGGCGUACAACGAGCACUUCCAGGAGCUGGUGGACUGGGUGGAGGAGCACAAGACCGAGCGGUACGUCGAGACCGCGUGCAUCGGGCUGGGCAGCCCGACGAUGACCGUGACCUCGUUCGCCUCGUUCGCCACCGACACGGACUUCGGCUUCGGCCCCGCCGCUAUGGCACUGCCAACAAGCGCGAUGACGGCGAGGUUGUGCUCUGGGUUCAUGCAGAUCGCCGCACGACCCGGGGGUGAUGGCUCGUGGAUUGCCAGCGCCUUCCUGUGGACGCAGCUUGCGGCGGCGCUCGAGUCCGACGAGCCGCGCGUCUUCAGGCCCGUCACCGCGGAGUACCUGGGCCUGUCUGCCACACAGUUCCUGCACAGCCGCAUCUGA